ACACAGAAAAAAAAUCAAGAGAAUGAAUUAUGAUUUUGGUAGUAGAUCUCGCAUAAAGAAAAAACUGAAAGUACAGAAGCAGAAUCAAGAAGCAUCACCGUAAACUCCUCCUUAUCACUCAGGCCUCACCAUGCCUACUCUAACUCUAAAAUCACCCCAUGCUCAAAUCUUCCAAACUCCACCACAUUGCUUCUUCCCCUUCCCUCAAUCUUCCUCUUCCCUCCUCACCUUUUCUCCUCUGCCCAUUUCCCUUUCUUCUCUUAACUUCCUCUGUAAGUCCCUCACAGCCACCAUUUCCCGCUCUGUCUCAGCCCACAACCACCAUACAACCACUGAACCAUGGCUGGCCCAACUCCCAGAACAACCCAACACCACCGCCACUGUAGAAGAGGCACCUCCAGAAGAGGGCCCAAUAGAAAUCCCAUCUUCCAGUCCUUCCGUUUUCGCCACCUCCGACAAGCCUACUCCCAUCCAAACUGCCACCAGUGUCCUCCUCACUGGCGCCAUCACUGUCUUCCUCUUUCGCUCCAUCCGCCGACGAGCUAAACGCGCCAAAGAAUUGAAACUUAGGUCAUCAGGAGCUAAGAAGUCGUUGAAGGAGGAAGCAUUGGAGAAUUUAAAGGUAAUGGUGCCAACACCGAUUGAUGCUAAGUCUUCACCUUCACCUGUUCAAGCAUUGCUGGGAGGUUUAACAGCGGGUGCCAUUGCGUUGCUUCUUUACAAGUUCACCACCACUAUUGAGGCUGCUCUCAAUCAGCAACCACUUUCAGAUAACUUCUCAGUUCGCCAGAUAACCAUAACCAUCAGGACUAUUGUCAACGGUUUGUGUUACCUUGCUACAUUUGUCUUCGGCAUAAAUUCUGUAGGAUUACUUCUUUACUCUGGCCAGCUUGUGAUCAACUCCUUUAUGGGAGAUUCUCCACCAAACGAGUCAAAAAAUGGAGGUGAAGCACAGGUAAAAUCAUCAGAUGAAUCACCGAAAGGUCCCAUUGACAGUUCUGGGAUAAGGAGUCUUAAUGAGGAUCCAAGUUCAGAUAGUUCACAAUAAUUGCAGAUAUAGCUAACAGACACCAAAGCCCUCUAGUAAACAAGAUUGAAUUUAGACUAUAACAUCAGGGCAGAGGUUAGCCAUUGAUUUUAUUCAAGCUGAAGAAGGAAAAUGCUGUUCUUAAAUAGGUGUGCUGACAUUAGUUUCACAUGAAUUUUCCCAGAUGUUGUGUUUUUGAGAAGGUCUACGGAAACGGGGAUCCCAGCGGUUGUAGUUAAUUUGCCUCGUCUAGAACAGGCAAAAGGAAACUACUGAUUCCCUUGUAAGUUACAAAUUUGGAAGGAAAUGAAUGAACUGGAGACAAGGAAACUUCUGAUUUGCUUGUAUGCAUUGUGGAUCUUCAAUCUUUGUAAAGGUAAAAAAAUCUUUGAUAAAAACUGUGUACAAUUGUGAGU